UAAUGAGCAAUUUACCCAAACGUGGGCGUAAGUUUGCGGGGCCACCUGCACCUGGUGCUGGGUCCUUCAUUGCUCUGGGGGGAGGAGCGCCAUCUUCUUCUGUCUCUUCUUCGUCAUCCUCACUCAUGAAAAGAACGGACUCUGCUGACGAUGGAGUCCGAAAACGGGAUUUCAUGUCGGCUUUUUCGUCUCUAGGAGGCGAUGUUUCAGACUCAAAAGUGUCGAAGUUAUCUGAACCGGAGGCUACUAAGCUUGCGUCUCAAAUCAUGAAGUUGUCUGAUGCCAAAGAGGAAACGCAACUUGUAAUUAAACUGACAGAGGGCAUCAAAUAUGUGUCUACAAAUAGAGUGUCGCCAAAUGAGAUGUUGUACACUUCAAUGUUGUGUGCAUUUCGAAAUUUGGAAACUUCGAAUUUGCUGGAAGUUUACCCAAAACUAAUGAAAAUGAUACUGGAUAUGUUGAGGGAUUCCAGUUGGAGUGCUAUUGGGUCGGCCAAACAAAGACCGAGUAACGUAGCAGUGGCCCUUUCCUGUAACAUCCUCCUUUCCUCAUACCGAUCUUCGACUCUCGCGUGGCCUAUAUCCUUCGUCAAACUUUUCAUUGAAGACUUCACUCAAGAACGCAUUUGGUCCGACCUCAAUUCGCAGCUCACGAAAGACUUCGUGUCCAAUAUAAUCUCGUCUUUCAGAACUGAACUCGUACCUGGAUUCGCUGAAUCGUUUAACUCAGCAAGCCAGAGGUCUGGAAUCUUCGUUUCGGGAUCGAACGCAACUAGCGCUCUGAAAAGCGAAGCCAAAGCGUCUCCGAUAGGAUCGCCAGUCCCUUUCCUGCUAUCCCAGUCAAGUGCAGAUGGAAAGAAUUCAGACCGCUAUCCUGGAAUGAAAGACCUUCUGUGUAAAUUGGUGAUCGAUGCGAGCAAUGAGAUCUUUGCUAAGGGAAAGCCAGGAAGUGCGCCCUGUUCUCUUUCGACCAAUCAGAUUGAUUUGCAGCAGCGAAAUGUGGUCCAGCUUCUAGCGGUAACUUGUGGUCUUCCGAAAGUGCGCAGCCUGGGUUGCUCGAAACUGGAAGCAUGGUUACAUAACACCAAACUGUGCAGAGCAUCUCAAGAUCUACUCAAUUCGGUUUGCUUGAAUUGUUCUACAGAAGCGUCGCUGAAGGAGGACAGUUCCGAGAAUGAAGAGAUUGUUGGAACUCUGAUUAGAAUCAAACCGAAGAACAAAAGUGUGGCCACCAGUUUGACAAAUGCUUUGAGAGAGAUGGGAGAGAGGAACGUAGAAGUGAACAAAGUGCUGAUUCGAAAUAUCGUGUUCAACGAGUUCUCGGGAAGUGGUCGGAAUCCAAACAAUAUGCUGGUAGUUUCUCAGUUGUUUCAAUCUAACAGCCUGUUAGUCACUACUCAUUUAGCUUACGCAUUUCAACUGGUGCUGUACCAAAAAGAGGAUUUCACAAAAGCAGUUCGAUCUUUGUUCCGUGACAUGAUAAAAAUUCAUAGAUUAGAAAUCAAAUUUGACCAGUUUUGCCCGCAAUUGCUAGAUGUUCAACCUGAGGUUCAAAAGAAGAUGGAUUCUGAAAUUCUUUCUCUCCCAAAAUAUCUUGUAUUCUUAGCCGACUUGGCAACAUACUCGUUGUAUUUAUGCUUACCGAUGAGUACUCGAGAAUUGUUCGCCUCAAAGGCAAAAAAGGAAGACAAAGAAUUCUCGUUAGUUAUUGAUGAAACUCAAAAAACAGUAGGACAAAUUAUAUCUCAUUUUGCCGAAUGGACCAAAGCACAUUCAAGUUACUUCACACAAGAACAAUACACUCAAUUGCUGCAGAAAAUGCUUCUUUUUGAACCCCUAGAAAAUUAUAUGCGCCAGGAUCCAUACCCACCGGAUCAAGCAGUUUGCCACAAACUCCUGAUCGAAUCGGGCGUCAAAGAGUCUUGCCUCUUUAACAUCAUUCAGAUGGGAGUAGAUCCAGCAUGUCCACUGGUUGCUCUAGCAGCUAUGAACUGCAUUGAAGGCUUGGUUACUCGGUCUCCUCUGAAUUCAAUCGUUAUUACAAGAGACGAGGAGUUCAUAGAUCAGCUUUUUAACUUGGCAGUGUACAGCAAACCAGCGAGUAUUUCUCUACCAGCUAAUUACGAGGAACCAAAACUGGCAGUCUCAAGUUUAUUUUGGAAAGCAUGGACUGUUUUGCUAGUUCUCAGUGGAAGUAAUGUAGAUACUAUAGCUAAUGUCGGCUGGAAAAAACUGCCGAUGUUGAAAAUGCUUAUGGAAAUGUGUCUGACUUCUGAUUUCAACUACCCUCCGAAUGCUUCCAAUGCAAACCGCGAUGACCUCCGGAGAAAUGAGUUAAAAUUAGCAGAACGCGAGAGGAAUGAAAUCAUCACUUUUGAAUGUCAUUUGGCGCGGAAAACGAUUACGGCUGAAUCGAGUCUGCUGAUUUCACAACUGAUGUUUAUGGAUCCGAAAGGGUCGACAAGAGUCCCAAGCCCUGACUAUUUGACUCAUUUGAAGCUCAUCUGCAUUUCACUGAAAAUUGGUGCUGCUUUGUGUAGCAGUAGAAAGAAUGACUAUUUGCUGGAUAUUUUGAAACGAAACAGAACCUUAAUGGGAUCUGGAACGUCCUGGUUAUCUCAAAUCAUAAUGAACUCCGAAGUCGAUUCACUGCCACCGCAGUGCUUGUGUGAGUUUCUACUUAUGGAAUUAAGCAUUGACGUUCAAGGAAGUGAUUGCAUUGGCAGCAAAAUUGAAGAUGUGAAAUCGCAUUUGAGAAAUUCCAUUUUGGAUUCAAGUCAAGCGGGAGGAGAAUAUUCGGGGAAUGUAUUCGCUUAUCUCCUCUCGGCUCUGAGUUCGUCUGACGAUCUCUCAAGGAAAGAAUCAGCAGGGAGACUCAUCCAACAGCUGCUAAGUGUCGCUUUGAAGACAGAAGUUAUCCCUGAGCACCUAUUUGAGCAACUGUCCAAAUUGAGCUACUUGAAGCAGAACAUCCUAACAGAAUAUGAUUUGACAGAAUUGGCUCUGCAAACAUUAGCGAAAGAGUUCGACUUGAAGCUUAUAGCUUCUGCUCUGAAGUUCAUUGUUAGCCAAAUAGCGAUGCAACACGUGAACAAAAUCAGCUUCCUCACUUCAUUUUGCGAUGUGAUUGUAUAUCGCAUUAAAACGAUCGAAAAGUGUUUAGAAUAUUGCAACGAACUGAAAGCUGUUUUCCCUUCUUGCUGUCGAAUACUUUUCUCUUUAUUCGCCAAUGAAAGUGAAAAUGACCCAAUAGCUGCUAGUAUAGACAUAAAAGUUGGUCGUGGAACUAAAUUCAUUGCACCUUCUAAUGUUACGACAUGUUUAUUUACCCUUUUUCUCAUGAGCUCAGAGUGUAGUGAGUCUCUGCAGAUUUUUCCAUUGAGAGAUCUCUCGUUUGAGGUUGUGAAAAACAUACUUCCAGAGUCAGUCCUGGUGAGGUGUGCCUUGCGAUGUGCAGAUUUGUUUCUUAAAUGGGUCGACCAAAUGGUUGACAUUACGAGUCUCGUUCGAGUUUUUACAUUUUAUGGAAUCGAUACCAGUAUAACUAAAGCGGUUAUUAAAAGAGUCGAGAGCUACUCUUUAAGUGGAAUUAAAGACGCAUUGCGUUCUGUAGACGCGGAGAGUUUUGAUCCUGACGUUGUGUCGAAUUUCGGACCGAAACUGGAGUGCGCUUACACAUCUGUAUCGGAAUCCAUUGGGAAAUUGCGCAAUCAAGCAGUUGCCGAGAUAGUCCAAGAAAUCGACGAGCUCGAUGUGGACAUGCAUGACGAUUGUUCCGACGACCCGCUUUUUCCGAAAGACUGCAAAGAUGUCCAGAGUUUAGCUAUGCUUAUAACCCAAAUAAUGGUCAAACAUCCUGGACAGAAUUCUUCUCUUGCUCAAAUUUCCCAAGUUUCUUGUGACUAUUCGGAUUUGAGUGAAGCACUGGUUGAGGUACUGAGUGUCCAAGAUGUAGUUUCAAGUAUGGUCGAAAAUGUGAGCGUCCAUGAACUUACGGCAUUUAUAAUGCAAAUCGGUAAGAAUCUAGGAUUCCGCCAACUUACGAAGUUUCAGAACGAAUUGACGAAGUGUCUUGCAAAAACCAAAUUCUAUCGAUCUUUGAAAAUGCUCAGCAUAUAUGUGCAAAAUGAAGAAACGAGUAUGCAACCGAAAUCUCCUGAACCGGAGGAAAAGUUAAGUCUUGGUUCUCAGUCAUUGUUAAAUCAUGCAGCCAGUAAAACUGGCGAGUUGACAAAAAAGGAGUUUUCUUGCACAGGAAAGGUGUUAGAUCUUGUUCAGAUAAGCGACCCAGAAAUAAUUAAAAGGCACGAAGACUACUUAUGGAGCAUUUUGUUCUCGGGAAAACACAAUUUUUCGGCUUAUCAUUGUUUUCUAACCGCCAACUUAAUACACAACGUGUCAUGGGAAUCUUUGCAAACAACUGUUGAAAAAUUGCUUACUAAUUUGGACAAAAUGGAAACUCCGGUGAAUCCUACAGUUAUUUUAGAUUUUUUGACAUCUGUUGAAAUGCAGCCUAAGUUGUAUCAAGGUCGAGAGACUAGGUUGCUGAACAAAGUAUCAUGUCACGUUUUCUCCAUGGGAAUCGAAGCUGUUUCGAAACUCUUAAUUCUAGCGUACCAAGAAUGCUCCGAAUGUUCAAAAGCGGACAAAAGUUAUCAGGACUUACUCCAAUCGCGAAUUGUAUUGUUAUUGAAGUUGUUAAGAACACAAAAAUGUCCAGACAAUGUUACGAAUCUUAUUGGUAUAUGUGACUCUUUCAAAAAUGAAAGAAUUAGAAAAUGUAUGCAAAUGUUGAUCUACUUAAACACUGCAGUACCUUUACCGAGUCUAAGGGAGAAAUUUUCAGUAGGUAAAGCCGACAAGUUUCAAAAUUCUUUCGAAAUGGAUAUCCUGGCGUAUAAUUUGGUUCUUCCUUUCGACUCGCUGACUAAUUUAGACUACGAUGGCCAGCACUUAGCGUCAUCUUUGAUACUCAAAUUCGCUUCGAAUCAUCCAGUUUUUGCUACCAGACAACUGGAAUUAAUUUCAGUUUUACUCAAGGGAAGAAUGAGAAGUAGCUGGACUGCUUUUAAACGUGACGGUCAUGCGGAUUUGUUCAAAGGAGUUGUCAGAACCCUUUUGAGACUGACGCCCGCAGUCUUCUCCCAUAAAAGGUUCCCAGAAAUCAUUCAAACAGUUCUGGAAACCAUUAAAUGUUUUUCGUCGUUAACCAAUGAACUAUUUAAGAAAAUUAAAGCUGACCUUUUUGAGUUGAUAGACCAGUAUUUCCAAUUUGACUACACGGCUGCGAAACGAGCAUUGAAGGCACACGCUGAGUUUAUUGCAGAAAAUCCGAAGCGGAAUAGGUACCUGAUGAAUUGUCUUGGUAUCCUGGACAGCGAAACAAACAGCGCCGUAUCAAAUUCGAACCUUAAAAACGCUGCUUUUGUCGAUAUCAGCAAAAGCCGAAAAUUUUUCACCGGUUCAGUGGUUUUAGAAACAAGUGCCGAAGAAACGCUGAACCAAUUCAAAAUCCUGGAAGAUCUAUCGCAUAAGCAAGAUCCGAAUAUCCUCUGGAUGAUUGAACCCUUGCUGUGCUUUUUGCAUUCAAAUUUAAGUUGCCCGGAAGUUGUCGAGAAAACACUUUCAGUCAUCUUGAGUAUAUGUAAAAUCAGAACAGAAGUUAGCGAAAAAGUGGCGAAAGAGUUGAUUCAAAUUUUGAUGACGGGGCAAAAUGCUUCAGAAGUGACGACUAUUAUUAGUUCUUACACAAUUGAUCUCCUCGUAGUGAAUUGUUCAGAUUGCGGAGUAGAGCUAUUGAAAGCCAUUUUCGAUGCCUGUCUUUUGACCAAUUUUGCAGAAGCAGAGAACCAACUGAAAAAGAUAAUUAGAGCUACAACUUUGGAAAAAAUUUUCGCAUGUACCGAUUUAUGAACCUGUCAAGUGUUAUUAUGUUGCUUAUUUUAUAGUUCAGAUUUAUCCUUUG